UUUAUUCAUUAAUUUAUUAAUUAUUAAUUUUCCCGUUCAGUGACCAAACCUCGUUAAUAAUAAACAACACAAGCGAUGAGUAGCCCCGUCCACCAGUGUAAUGUAUUUAGCCAAUCAGUGACGAGCUCAACAACAUGUAUUUAAUGAAUAUUCAUGAAGCAGCCCUUCUUCAUAGUUUUUACUGGCUCGGGCAGUAGAGGGUUAGAGGAUGGAGGAGGGGCGUGAUGUGCACGCGCUCGGAGACGCGCAUCAGGAACUUCUUCAGUCUCUGCUGGAGGAGCGCAGAAAAGUCCGCGAUAUUAAAGCUGGCCAGUAAUAAUAAUAAACCCUGAGAGAACUACAGUAUGGUCUUCUGAGCCGCCGAGUCCUCCAUUAUGGCUCUGGUACAGUCUCUCCCCGUCUCCAUUGACCCUCGUCUCCAUCCGGCAGAGCUGGGCGCGAUGGGUGCCGUCAGCAGCAUGAUACCGAACCACAUCACCUAUCCCGAGCGUGCAGACAUUGAGGUUAGCACCAACUUCCGGAAGGGUACGCCGGACUCCGGCCGGCUGCUGUGGGAUGUCCCGCAGGCCGGCAGUCGAACUCCCGGUAACAGGAGGAGGGCAAUAGUGGGCAGAGCGAAGGGCUUCGGGACGCGCUCAUAUUCACAUGAAGACUUAAUCAGAGACUGGAAUGAUAAUCAUAUGGAUGUGGGAAUGACCUCUGCUGUGGACGGACCUCCCAAACUGGUCCCUGUGUCAGGACAGCUGGAGAGAAACAUCCAGCAGGCCAUAAUCCGACCGACUGCCUUCAAGCCUGUGAUCCCCAAGAGCCGAAACACGGCGCAGUUUCUGUCUCCGCGGCUCGGCACCGGCCUAUCGGGAAGCCAAGGAAACCUCAGCAGGUUUUCCCCAGACGCCGAAGACGUUUCUCAUGCGACAUUAGAGCGGCGCAGCUCCUACAGCGGAGCCCGAAACGCUUUAUUCAGCCAGUCGUUCACCAUGACCGAGACUCCGCGUGGAUCCCUGACAAACCUGCCGGCGUACACACAACAGCACGUCGAGAGCAGCAAACUGCCCGGAAACUGCAGCUCUGACAGCGGCCGCUCGUCCUCCAGCAAGAGCACUGGGUCUCUGGGUGGCCGCGGGCACAUGCUGUCCGACAGGGGCUCCGCGGGACCCUCGCCGCCGCCCAUCGAGGCCUAUGAGGCCAUAGUGAGAGAUCUGGAGGAGAAGCUGAGGGAGCGAGAGCUGGAGCUGCAGCGGCUACGAGAAAACCUGGACGAGAACGAAGCCGCUAUCUGUCAGGUGUACGAGGAGCGUCAGAAGCGCACAGAGCUGGAGAUUGAGGAGUUCAGACAGAUGUGCGCCGCUAAGAUGCAGAAGGCAUCUCAGAAAGCGCAGCGGGAGCAGCAGAUGCUUCAGAUGCAGGUGUUUCAGAUGCAGCAGGAGAAGAAGAAGCAUCAGGAGGAGAUGACGCAGAUCCUGAAGGAGCGGCAGAGGCUGGAGGAGCGCUGUUCAUCCUUUGAGAGGGAACACACACAGCUCGGGCCCCGACUGGAGGAGACCAAAUGGGAGGUGUGCCAGAAGUCAGGUGAGAUCUCCCUCCUGAAGCAGCAGCUGAAGGACCUGCAGGCGGAUCUGGCCCAGCGUGUGGGUGAGCUGGUGACGGUGCGCGGGCAGCUGCGGGAGGUGCGCUCGGAGCUCCAAACCAGCCAGAAUCAGCUUCAGGAGGCGAAUACGACCUCUCGAACCCGAAUCCUGGAGCUGGAGGUCUGCCAGAACGAACUGCAGCGGCGCAAGAGCGAGAACGAGCUUCUACGAGAGAAAAUAAGCCACCUGGAGGAGGAUUCGAGUCAGAUGCGGGAUGCUCUAAAUGCUGCUGCGUCUGGAAAAGAGCAACGUUUGGCUGAAGAAACUGAAGAGCUGAAGACCUCCAGGCAGCAGGCGGACAGACUAAAAGCUGAAUUGGCGUACGAACGGCAGAGAUUUUCUGAUCAGGCGGCUGCGUUCGAGAGCGAGAGGAAGAGCUGGGAGGAGGAGAAGGAUAAAGUGAUUCGCUACCAGAAACAGUUGCAGCAGAACUACGUGCAGAUGUACAAGAGGAACCGUGAUCUAGAGCGAUCCCUGCGGGAGCUCAGUCUGGAGCUGGAGUCCAGAGAACAGGACGACGACAGUAGCGGGAACGAAGUCACGUUUGAUGACAUCGCGGCUACAGAGAUCUAAGAGUGUUUUGAGUACGGGUUUUGGGAAAUUUCUCACUUUCAUACUAAGGAAUCAUCUACUGCCGCACUCAUUUGAGAAAUGUGCUCUGCAUUCAAUGCUAAGGGUUGUUAAAGGGACAGCGCACCCAAAAAAUACAUAUCUUCAUUUAGUUGAAGUCAAGUGGUUGUAAAAUUUUAUUUCUUUCUUCUGUUGAACACAAAAUAAAAGUUGCAUGCCAGGUUAUACACCA